AUGCCUUUGCCAUGGAAAAAGACCAGGGUUUCAAGAUUUUCACGUCUUGUGGCAGAUCUUCAGUCACCCAAAAGAGGGAAUUCUCUUGUUGUUGAGACUGGUUUCCCUACUUCUCUUAUUGAUCUCUUUCACAAGAACCGUGAAAGGUUAAAGAAACCAACUGCCAAGAAGAAAAAGAGGAGACAACAGCAGUUGCAAGAUGUGGAGGAGGAACUUGUAAUCUCUGAUCCAAUUCCUUUAUCAAGUUCUCGAGACUUGUUGGAUGUACCAGAGCCUAUUCAGAAUUUGGAGAAUGUGGAAAGUUUUGAUGCUUGUGAAUUGGUGAGUCAGUUUUUGCCUGUUGUUGAAGGUGUUGAUGAUGUUGAUAAUGUUACGGUUACUGAUAAGAAAUGUUGGGAUGAGAAAGAGAAACGUUUGUUAUUUGUGGUUUUGAAGAUGUUUUUGGUGUUGGUUUUGGGCUUAAGUACUAAAGGGCUUGUUGUUGGGAUAACAAUGUCUGCUUUUGUGCUUAUUUUUCUUGAAUAUGUGGGAAAACAUGUGUUGUGUUUCUUGAAACUAUGUUUGAGUGUAGAGCUAGUCUUAGAACCUUUUGUCGAAAGGGUUUCUUCAGCAUUUUUUAUGUUGAAAGGGGUAAGGAAAUGUGAAGAUUCGAGUAAAGGAUUUAUCAUUCAAGAAAUAGAUCAAGAAGAAGCUGCUAGUGGGGUUGAUUCAUGUGAUUUGAUUGAGACUCUUGAGAUGAAGUCUUCUGUUGAGGAAAUUCAAGCUGAAGAAUUUAAUUUUGAUAUGAUUGUGCCAGUCGAAGAAAAUAGGGGAGCCGAAUCAAGAAUGGAUUUACUCAGUUGUGAUGGGAAAAAGAUGAGGAUAGUGGAGAUAGAGGAAGAUAGAAGUGGAGUUUUGGUAUGUGAAAAAGAGAAGAGACGAAACUCUAAGAUCACAAGAAAGAUUAUACAGAAAUUAGUGCCCAAGAAGUUGCGCGUUGUAAAGAAGGCAAAGAAGAAUAAUGAUAAGGAACCAGAUUUUGGUAGUGAAUUAUCUAGUUGUUGGGGAGACGAUGAGGGGAGAAUUGAAGGGCCAGAAGAUGGUGGUAAACAAGGUUUAAGAAGCUUUAUCAGGUCUGUAAUUUUAGCUCUGUCAACUGCUAGUAGACCAAUAGAAAUGUUCAGCUCAGGUGCAUUAAUCAUUAUCUAUACUGCAAAAGAACUGUCAAAUGCACGUGGUUGA